AUGCAACUAAGUCAAACUAUAUUAAGCACUCUACUAUUAAAUCUGGUAGUCGCAGCCCCAACCCAAUCAGCAUAUGAUGAGGAGUUCACUCCAGAAUCGUUGGCCCCUCAUAUUGCUAGAGAAAUAGUAGAUAAAUCCCCUGCCAUUGAAGUGAAUACAAUCGACAAGGUCGGUAAAGUCCCAAUCUCCCACGUCGAACGUCACAUCUCCUCUGAUUCCUGUCCGGAUCUCUUAAAAUUCAUCGAGAGAAACGGUAACCCUAUCCUUCUUCUAUCCAAAUUGAAUGACACCUUCGCUAACUGGGCUGACCAUCCAAACGACGUCUCUAUCACUAUAGAACACCCGCCUUUCCAUGGUCAAGAUAUCUUUGCUAGACCUAGUAACAAGAUUUUUUUCUUUGCUGAAUUCGACGUCAAAAGUGUUAGAUUUGUCGGUAAUUUUGGCUAUGGUGAUUUCAAUGAGAUUAUCGAUGGUGAAACUUAUCACAAUACUACCCCACCACAUGAAAUCCCACCAUGUCCAUGGCAUUUACCACCUCAUGAUGAAGAAGAAGAUCUAGAUGAGGCCAAAGAAUCACCAAGUAAAAAAACUUCCUCUGCUAAAAAGAAGCAUCAUGGUAAGGAUAAGAAACAUCAUAAUAAGGAUAAGAAAAAACAUGGUAAGCCUUGUGAUCAUGAAGAAUCAUCCUCUCACAUGAGACAUCAUGAUAAGAAGAAGGAUGAAGAAUAUGAAGAACAUCCAAUAAAACAUCAUGGCAAUAAAAAAGAAGACAGAAAAGAAUCAUCAUCAUCUUCCAUGAAACAUCACAAUAAUAAGAAUGAUAUUGAUCAUGAGCUCUUUGAUGAUUUUGAUGAAAAUCAAAAAGACAAGAAACCUCACCAUGAUGACGAUGAAGACGAUCAUGAUGAUCCUGAUAUUGGUGAUGUCAUUGAAGUCCCAAUUUCUCGAACCUUUUUCGAAAUAUUAAAAGUUUGGUUUAAUUACUAUUAA